AUGGCUCGACUUCGCUUCAUCGUUAACAUAGCCAAAGUUCUGCGGUUUCCUCUGCAUUUUUUUGGUCUUCUACAGCUGAGGUUUAGUGAUUCUCAACAAGUAUAUCAACAAAGAGCUAACUGUUGCAGGUUUUUACCUGCCGUUUUUAUAACGAUGAUAUUGUUCUUACACAAGCUAUUUAGUUAUGAAUUGCAAAAAGAGAGCAAGCUGGUAAAUUUACUACAAAUCGAAAAGAGAACCCUGAAAAGCGAAAUAGAAUUAUGGAACGAAAAUCUAACCAGCAUUUAUAUCUUUCUGACCCUAGUCUGUUCGUUGGUCAACAAGAAUGAGCUAUGGAAAUUGAUAAAUGAGGCGCAGUUGACGUAUAAGCAGUUAAAAUCCCUGCUGGGGAAGCAUUUAGUCCUGAAAUGUUCCUACGACGUCCUCAUACAUGGCCUACUCUUGAUACUUCUACUAGCUGUGAUGGUAGUUGAUAUUAUAUUUUUCAACUGGCCAAAAGCGUCUGGCGAACGCAAUACUGUAACGUUGACCGAACUGCAUCAGAUUUUCGAUUACUUGAUGGGUAUACCUAGAUUAUUGUUUGUACUAAUUAUGGCGAUGCGUAUUCUAUAUCAUCUGAUUAGCGCUGGGUGGCUUCAAUGUCUAGGAAUGCUAAGAUUGCAAAGGAAUCUUAAGCUGUAUCAGUUUCAGCUUCGCAGUAUUUUCUACAAUCAAAAAUGUGAAAAUAUCUUGGCUGGUCACUAUUUCAAAGUAUCCUACAUGUACUUCCUUUGGAUGAUGCCUUUUCGAAUAGCUGAACUUAUGCAGUUCCUUAAAUAUGAUUACGAUGAGCUUGUGCAGAAACAGAAGAGCCAGGAAGAUCUGGAGGAUGAAGCCAUUUGGGAGGGCGAGGAAAAUUCAAGGCAGCAGAAUCUCCAGGAGUUGCUGAUGAAACCUUUGCUGAUAUUAUCCUGGCAUUUUGCGUUGUGGAUGUUGCUACUUGCUGCAGCUUACACUCAACAGAAGGAAUAUUCCACCUUAAUGGCAAAAAGCUGGAAUUUCAAAUCGGAUGAAAACGGUUGCGAAAUGAAAGAAUUUCUGGACGAAAUCUGCUGGACGGGGCAUGCUUUCAAGCAAUUGGAUAUUCUGGAUUUACUGUUUCUUUCCGGAAUCUCUAUAUGUGAUCGUCAACCUGUAUCCAUUUGUUUUAUAACUUACAAGUUAAGAAGGAACAAAUUCGCUUAUUUAAGUUUGAAUACUAUAGCCGGACACUUUAAGCUACUUUUAAAUCUUGUAGUUACGGCCGGCAUCGUCUACUUUGUGCAGCAAGUGGAACUCAGACAUCUACAGCACUACCUCGAACAGGUGUAA